AUGACAACUCAGCCAUCACUCUUAGGAGCUAUUCUGUUAGCUUUUGUUAUUAUUCUCCUAGCACGAGGACUAUGCCAGACCCGAAAACUGCGGGCACUUGAACAACGCUAUGGCUGCGAGAAGCUCUGCGAUGAAAGCGAUAAAUUUCGAUACGACGUCUUCGGCAUCGCGAAAGCAAUACAAUUGGGUUCUCAUUUUCGGCAGCGAACAUCACUCCGGUAUACAAAUUCUCUGUUCCAGAGAUAUGGGGACACAUAUGAAUCCAACAUUCUCGGCUACCGAUUGAUUUUCACCUGCAGUACAGAAAACAUCAAGCAAAUGUUGUCCACAGCAUUUAUAGACUUUGAUAGUUCUCCCCUGCGAAAACCCGUGCUGGGUCCAGUCACUCCACAUGGCAUUUUUACUCUUGAUGGCGCAGACUGGAAGAGAAGUCGAGGGCAGUUUCGGAGUCGAGUGGCUAACCUCCGAAAUGCCAUUGACCUGGACGUAUGUGAACAACACUACCAGGCCUUUGUUCAACACGUUCCGCCAAAUGGCCAGGUAUUUGACGUUCAGCGUUGUACUUCUGCUCUCGCUUUGGACAUGCAGACCCGUUUCUCAUUCGGAGAGUCUGUGGAUGCCCUCAGCCUUACUCAGUCCAGAGAAAAGAAGCAGUUUGUAGAUGAUUUCCAUGUCAUCAAAAGAAUAGUCGCGCGAGAUGGUUUUCGUGGGCCACUUCGUCAUUUGGGGCCUAAGCGAGAAUUCCAUCAGUCGUGUCGGAGAGCACGGGAAUAUGUCGUGGCUCAUGGCAGGCCGGAAGUUGAUAGUCGAAGCAGCAUUGAAAAAACGAAAGAUGGACGUAUUGACACUGCUUCCAGCAAGAUCGAAGACAUUUCGGAGUUUGCUGAUCAGGCAAUGAGUAUUGUGCUCGCAAACGAUAGCAUGAGCACCACUCUCUCCGGUCUUUUCUAUUGCUUAUCCCAGGACGAACGUAUCGUUCAAAAGCUCCGAGCAAGCAUCAUUGAUACCAUUGGACUUACACCACCAACAUGGAGUCAGCUUGGGAUGUUGCAUUAUGUUCGCUGGGUACUCCAGGAAGUGAUGAGAGUUUUCCCUGCCGCUGUGCUCAACGCAAGAGUAGCAAACAAGCAUUCCAAGAUUCCAAGUGGAGGAGGAGCCGAUGGCCAGUCACCUGUUCUAGUUCGAAAGGGUGAUAUUGUAGUGUUUUCAACCUGGGCUCGGCAUCGCCUAGGAAAAGACUUUGGGGACAAUCCAGAGAAGUUUUAUCCAGAGCGAUGGGAACACCUAAACACCGAUAUGCCCGGCUUUAUCCCGUUCAACAAGGGUCCUAGAAUAUGCCCUGGCCAACAGUAUUCCAUGAUUGUGCUCACGUACCUUGUGGCUCGCAUUUUCCAGACCUUCUCGACUGUAUCCAACUACAAUACUAAAGAGUGGACAGAAAGGAUUAGCCUGACAUUCGAGAACGAGAACGGGGUCCUGGUCGGACUAAGCUGA